UGCAGUUCGUUUAUUUUAUUUCUUAUAUGCAGUGUUACAAAAAAUAGCCGGUCGUCUAGCCCAGCGUACUUUAAUAAACAGAAAGCGCAAACCAGACUACGCUCACGCGGAUUGGUCAAAGCAGCCUGUGGAGUAGCUGUGACGUAGCCGUGUCGCUUAAACGGCGCCCCGAGCGUUCUUUGAAACGGACUGGCUGGUGACUUCACUCAGUCUUGUUCCUCCGGAUAUCAUCUUCUUUCCCACCCAUUCCAGAGUUAAUGGAGACAGAAAACAAGCCGACCACAUGUCUUCUAUUUUAAGAGACUUUGUUUUUUUUAAGCUCCAGACUUUUAAAUAAAUUAGCUAAGCACCUUGGCGUGUUUUUUUUCCCGUGCGCAUGUCCUUUUUUGGGUGAAUUCUUACACACUGGAAGCCCAGAAAGACGAGGAGCGUGCGUUUGUCACCUGGAAUGAAAACACGGAACGAUGGGAUCAAUUAAAUUUGGAGUGUCGAGUUUGCGCUGGGAUGUUCCGCUGGUUUUAUUGCGUAUCCACCUGACAUUAGCAUCACUGAAAGUUGCAGGGGUGGCCAGCAGGGCGGAGGUGGAGUGCUCCUUGGGGCAGUUCCCCUGUGGGAACCUGAGCGUGUGUUUGCCCCAGGCGCUCCACUGCAACGGGCACGAGGACUGUGCCAACGGUGCCGACGAGGAGAACUGCGGGGACAACAGCGGCUGGGCGGACUUCUUCGACCGGACCACAAUCAGGAGGAACCAGCAGGAGCUCCCCCGUGCCUGCUACCUGCAGGAGUACCCAGAACACUGCGAGUGCACAGAGACCGAACUGCAGUGCGUGCAGGUCCACCUGAACACCGUGCCCCAGGUGUCCGCCAACGUGACCCUGCUGUCCCUGAGGAGCAACGCCAUCCAGAGGCUUCCGGAUGACGCCUUCGAGAAGUACCCCGAGCUGCUGAGGCUGUUCCUGCAGAACAACAGCAUUGAGUCAGUUUCCACCCGUGCGUUCAGUGGGCUGUACAAACUGAGGAAACUGUCUCUCAGUCAGAACUGCAUCACUGCACUGAGACCUGGAGUAUUCAGUGACCUUUACACAUUACACUGGCUAAUUCUGGACGAUAACCCGCUGAAGAAGAUCUCCCAGGACACAUUCAUCGGCCUCAGCGCCUUGUUUUUCCUGUCCAUGGUGAAUAACUCCCUGGAGCAGUUGCCCAAGACUGCACUGUGCUACUACAUGCCCUCACUCAGCUGGCUGGACUUUGAGGGGAACCGGUUGGAGACGCUGAACUUCUCCACGCUCUUGAGCUGCGAUGAGCUGACCGUGCUGUCUCUGCGUGACAACAGAAUCAGGAAGCUCCCAGAGAACACUUUCCAGCCCCUGAGCAUGCUGGGAGAGCUUGACUUGUCAAACAACAGAAUCACGGAUCUCCCCUACGGCAUGUUUCGGGGGCUCAAGUCUCUGGAGAUUUUAAAUAUAUCCCACAAUCCUUUGCACCGUGUGCGCCUCGGUCAGUUCGAUCCGCUGAUCCAGCUCCAGUCGCUUGGUCUGGAGGGCAUCGAUAUCCCAGAUAUCCAGACCCGGAUGUUUCGACCGAUGGCAAAUCUGUCCUACAUAUACUUUAAGAAGUUUGAGUACUGCUCCUACGCCCCCCACGUGAGGCGAUGCCGACCCAACUCGGACGGGAUCUCGUCCUUCGAGGACCUGCUGGCCAACGCGGUGCUGCGGGUGUCGGUGUGGGUCAUGGCCUUCGUCACCUGCUUCGGCAACCUCUUCGUCAUCGGCAUGCGCUCCCUCAUCCGCGCCGAGAACAGCCAGCACGCCGCCUGCAUCAAGGUCCUCUGCUGCGCUGACUGCCUGAUGGGCGUGUACCUGUUGUUCGUGGGCGUGUUCGACCUGAAGUUCCGCGGCGAGUACAACCGGAACGCGCAGGCGUGGAUGGAGAGCGUGGAGUGCCGCACGCUGGGCUUCCUGGCCAUGCUCUCCUCCGAGGUGUCGGUGCUGCUGCUCACCUACCUGACGCUGGAGAAGUUCCUGGUCAUCGUCUUCCCCUUCAGCCGCCUGCGGCCGGGCCGCCGCCAGACCGCCGCCGCCCUGGCCCUGGUCUGGCUGCUGGGCGGCGGCAUCGCCGCCGCGCCGCUGCUGGCCCGCGGGCCCUUCGGCAACUACUAUGGCCGCAACGGCGUCUGCUUCCCGCUGCACUCCGACCGGCGGGAGCGGCCCGCCGCCCGGGCCUACUCCACCGGGGUGUUCCUGGGGCUCAACCUGCUGGCCUUCCUGGUCAUCGUGUUCUCCUACUCCAGCAUGUUCUUCUCCAUCUACAAGACGGGCAUCAAUGCCUCAGACCUGCGCAGCCGGCUGCACAAGGACGUGGCCGUGGCCAACCGCUUCUUCUUCAUCGUGUUCUCUGACGCCCUCUGCUGGCUGCCCAUCUUCCUGGUGAAGACGCUCUCCCUGCUGGAGGUGGAGAUACCGGGCACCAUCACGUCCUGGGUGGUGAUCUUCGUCCUGCCCAUCAACAGCGCUCUGAACCCCAUCCUCUACACGCUGACCACCAGCUUCUUCCGGGAGCAGGUGGAGCAGCUGCUGUGCCGCUGGCAGAGGCUGUCGGCCCAGCGCCGGGACCGCAAGAGCCUGACCAGCUCCGUCAUCUCCAUGGAGGCCCCCCGCCCGUCAGCAUGCCGCCUGCACAGGCCCGGCCUGCCCCGGAUAGCCCUGGUGCACACCGACGCCAAGUACGGCUGACCGGGCGGGGGAGGGGGAG